AGCAAUUUAGGAGAACCCGGCCCAGACCAUGGCCGCAAUUAACACGAACACACAGCUGCACAUGGGUUACUACGUAGAACUACCUACUAUAGUGAUUUACUGUGUUCACCCCGUGCCGCGCCCUCGUCUUGGCCGUCGGCGCCGACCCCGAAACCGGAAGGCGGUGAGGCGGGGCGGAAUGGCGAAUUGCAACUUGCUCAGCUCCGGCCUAAGAGAAAAGGCCCAUCCGCACCAUUCACCACAACUCGGUCUCUCUACCCUUAUAACGUACGAUGCGCCGCGAGGAUAUUUAUACCGCCAGCAACACCCGAAUCAGCGUCAGCAUACACAUCCCGUCUGCCCAGCUGCCUACCGAUUAAGCCUCCCUCUCCCCGACUGCAUAGUCACGGACGAACGAGCGAACGGGCGAGCGAGCGAGGAACAGCCCAGUCUACCACCACCACCCCACUACCCCGAGCACGGCUACCAUCGUCCAGCGCCAACACCAACACCGAUACCGACACCAGCGAGGACAUCUGCCACUCGCCACCUCCCAUGGCUGCAAUGGCUGCUCGGGAGCCACCAAUACCGCCCGCCUCAGACGGUAGGGAUAAAAGGCCAGAGAGCGGGCGAGGAAGCGCAGGAGGAGGGGGAGAUGGGAGCAGAGAGGGGGAAGAGAGGGGAGGACUACCGAUACCAUCGCGCAACCCGCUGCCGCUCUCGGCGAGCCAGGAGGCGCAGGUGCGCGAGGUGUUCAACGAGCGCGUGCGGAAGCUGUGCGCCGAAGAGAUCAAAGCCUUCGCAGACUGCGCGCGCGAGCGGACGUUCAGCGUGUCGUUCGCAUGCCGGGCGCUGUCGCGGCGGAUGAACGGGUGCAUGCAGGCGCACGCGACGGCGGCGGAGCACGACCGGGCGCGGGAGCAGUGGUUCGCGCAGCGGGCGGCGCGGGCGCGGGACCACGAGCGCCGCGAGCGCCGCCGCCUCGAGCAGGAGUCCUUCCUGCGCGAGUGGUGGGGGCUCGCGCCGCGCGACCCCGAGGAGAUCCGCCGCGAGCUGGAGAAGCUCCAGCGCGCCGAGAAGGUCGGCGGCGCGGUGAGGAGGCGGAACACGGGCGCGGGCGCGGGCGCGGCGGUGGAGGAGGAGGGAGGGGGCGCGGCGGCGGAGCGAGGAGGGGCGGGCGAGGGUCGGUGAUGAGAGGAGGAAGAAGGGAGGAGGAGGGAGGAGGAGGGAAGAGAAGAGAAGAUAAUGGGGCGGAAGACUUGCGUCGAGGAUGGUACGCACGCAUCGGCACUUGGCGUUAGGCUGUCGGCGGGCAUGCGGUUGGUGCUCUGAUCUCUACUGCGACUGGUCUUGUGAUUCUAGGGGGAGGGGGGUGGGUUUCCCCCAACUACGCAUGAAGGCUAUGGCGACAAUUGCCGUCGCUCGUAUAUAUUCAACUGAUGAAAUGGCUCGGCGUUGCGGCCCUCGGUUGGUUAAUCUGCGGGUGGACCGCUUGGCAUCCCACAACGGUUCGCUUACGCUCGAGAUUUAUUGCUCGGGUAUCUUCUGCCGUUAUAGGCACCGACUGCUUGGUGGUAGAUUUCCAAGACAGCGUUUUCUGCGGCCGGGUAAGUGAUGUAGUGGGCUCACGCACGAAAGACGAGGGAGGAGAGGAAAGGAAAGGAGAGAAGGGUAGGCAUGAAGUUCAUCUAUAGCCUUCUCACGUAGAACAACUAUAGCAAAAACAGUAACAGUCUCGCUAAAUCAGAGUCACCACAACCUGCUCAAACAACC